AUGGCCUUCCGUUUCGAUGUUCUCGAAUCCAAGGAUGCUUGUGGAUAUGCGAAUGUGACCAUCAACGGCCAGACCUUGCCCAAGGGAGGUUCUGGUUCUCUUACAGCUGACCAGGACCGUGUUUUCAUUGCUAGCUGGAACUUCACCUGCGUGAGAUGGAAUGAUGAACCCCAGGAGCAGCUCAUGAGUUUCGAUGUCAACUAUGUUAACGGCAACCCGGUUAAGGACGUUGGCUUUACCAUUCGAUUCCAGCAGGUUGCUCCUGUCUGGAUUUCCGAUAUUGAAGGCUCGGCUUCGAUGACGCGCGUUCACAAAAUUGGUGAUUUCAAGAGCGAUUUCGCCAAGGACGAGAUGGACCGUGAUUUGGAUGAUGAACUCGCCGAGCUAGAUUUUCUACGGAUGCAGUUGGCCGAGUUGGAGCAGCGUAUCUUCAUGAAGGAGAGGCAUCUUCACCAUGUGUUUGGUUGGUCCGACAGGAAGGGUGGCAUCGGCCAGUGCGACAAUCUGAAGUACCGCCGUGGCAUCCUCCUCACCACAAGAAGCCAGGCUUCCCUCAUCCUCCUCCCUUCUGCAAGUGCCCACCUCCUCCUCCACCUCCUCCACCGCCGCAUCAUCAUCCGGAGGAGCCUCCUCAUCGUGGCCCUCCUGGUCCGCCGCCACCUCCCCCUCCCCCUCCUCCUGAGGGACCGGAUCACGAUUUCCCGCACGAGUUCCCACCAGAGUUCCCGCCCGAAUUUGAACAUCCUGAUUAUCACCGAGGCCCCUGGCAUCAUGAGCAGCCGCAUGAGGGCGACUGGCCGCACCACCAUGGCCCCCCACCCCACUUCGAGGAAGAUCGUCCCGAGCGACCAUUUGAUUUCGAGAAGCCUGAUGGGCCACCUGAUGGACCGCCUGAGGGCCCUCCUGAAGAGCCACCUCAUGGUCCUCCUCAUGGUCCUCCCCACGGUCCUCCCCAUGGAGAGCCUCCGAAGGAUGGUCCACCAUUCCCACCCCCUCCUCCGCCACCACCACCGCAUCACCAUGAAGGGCCUCCUCAUGGCGGUCAUCGGCGACCACCCGUACCCUCCUCCUCCUCCCCCUCACUUUCGACGCUUCCCUCAUCCCCUGAAGGCUAUUGUCAGCGUCGUCCUCCUGACAAUCCUGGUCACCAUGCUGCACCGCCGCUUUUGCCUUCGCGGCACCCGAGAAGAGCGCCGUUCCCGCCGUCAGUCUCGUCGCGAGGCCUUCCAACGCCGACGUGCCUCCCGCAAGGCCCGCUGCAAGUCGUUCUUCUCGCGGCUGUGCUUCGGGCGGUUCUGCGCCGACGACGGUGAGGACGAGGAGAAGACCGCCAUGAUGCGCGAGAGGUCCGACAGCGAGGACAGCACGACCAUGGAGCAGGAGAUCGCAUCCUUCCGCAACGCCGCCGAUAUGGUGGGCGACAUGGUCGCCGCCGAGGAGGGCCGCUCUCACCAGCGCGUUUGCCAGCACCAUCACUGCCACCAUGCUCAGCAAGCACACCACCCCGGCCAUGAGAUCAGGCAGAUCCCCGCGGAGCUGCCGAGCCCGACCUCCGCCUUCCCGGAGUAUCACGGCGUGCAGGACGAGAUGCUGCCGGCGUACGAGGACAGCAAUGAGAACACCUCGGCGAUGGCGCCGAGCGUGGUGACCGAUGGGUUCAGAUACACUCCCGGCUCGAGCAUCUACACGCCGAGCAGCGAUGGAGACUCGUCGGUUGGAGCGGAUGAUGUGUUGCGGGACACAAAGCACUAG